UCGGGCAUCUUGAUUUCGUGGUCGGUCGGCCGGCUACCUUAUGGCCAGAGCCAGCCCGACAUCGAAUAAGUGCGGAAUCGAAACUAAAGAAAUCUAAAUAACUAGCGGGUGCUUUUGACUUAUUGCCUAGAAACAUCUGGGCAAGUGGCCUGAAGACAUCGGCAGUAGAUGGUUCACGCCAACGUCCGAAAAGAGCCUUCGCCAGUCGUCUUUUGUCUCAGCGCCCUCAAUAUAAGACGAAGCAGUAGCCAAUAGGCCGGUUAUUGGGCAUGUUUACACUGCACUCAGUGGCAGGAUAUACCUAUCAUAUCCCACGCAAUACCCUCCUUUCCCCGCUCACCCUGCAAGGCGAGGUGUACGAUUUCCACCCAGCCGGCCCAGUCAGUCCUAACGAAGACUGCGUGCCCUCUCCGUGGGCCAUCAACGGCUACUACCUGCCGGGAGUGUGCCCGGACGGGUACACCGCGGCGUGCUCACGAACACGAGACGAGACGCGGAUGACGAUAUGCUGCCCGACGUUCGAGGAAUUCGCUUGCGAGUCGACGCUUGCAGACAGCGUGUUCGGCUGUCACUCGGGCUAUGACACGUCCCUCAACGUAAUCGAGCUCACGGACCCCGAGUUUGUUGAGACGUACUACGACGCGCGCGCGACCCUCCGCGCGUUCAGCAUCGCGGUGGGGGGUAACGUCGCCACUACUGCCGCCACUGCCACGACAACAUCAAGCUCCUCCUCCUCCUCCUCGGCCAUGGACACGGAGGCUUCCUCAGCGCCUCGACUUUUGCCGGACGAACGGUCGCUGUCCAGGGGCGCGAUCGGUGGCAUCGUCGUAGGGGUCAUCGCUGCCGUGGCGCUAGGUGCGGCCGGCGCGUUCCUGCUCUCGCGCCGCCGCCCGUCGUUAUCACGGCCGCCCCCUUCGCCAACGCCCGACUUGCUGAUGCGGCGAAGCAGCUCCGGGCGGCAGUCAAAAGUCGUGCGCUACGAGCUCGAGGCGGAACCCUGGCCCGCUGCCGAAGUGCCACAUAGGCGGAGGAGCAGAGAGCAAGAGCAGCCGAUGUGUGAGCUUUCUGCGUGAUCAGGACGAGACUUGAGGAGCCCCUCGUCUUGCGCCGGCGGGGGGGCUCUCUCAGAGAACGGGAUUUUGUUUUGUUGGGGGCUACAGGGCUAGGGAAAGCAUCUACGGACGUCGACUCGAUCAACGAAUAAGGAACACGGGGGAUUCUCUUCGGACGACUGGCGUUUUACCGCCUAGAGCGAGGCAUUACGAUUAGAGACGGUCGAGUAGCUAAUGCGAGCACGCCAGAUACUUGGGAACGGUGAAAGAGGGGAGUUUGGCUGGGGAGAUUUCAGUCACUGCUAAAUAG